AUGGCUUCGUCAAAAGGCCCGGCCUUGUCUUUAGACGAGUGCCGCUGUCUCAUCUGUAUGGAAUUCCUCAUCGAGCCGGUAACUCUGCCUUGCAACCACACGAUGUGCAGGUUCUGCUUUGAGGCACUUAUGCAAAAUGAAAAUUUGUCCUGCCCUUUCUGCCGCUGCUGGAUCUCUUCUUGGGCUCCGUUUGAUAUCUGCGUGGACAGUUUUAUCAAUGAGGAACUGUGGGAGAGGAUUCAAGCUCAGUAUCCGCAGGAAUGCAUAGACAGGGCAUCGCUGGUCUUCAAAGAUGAUUCACCUGUCCGAAAACUAAGCAACCCUGGGGAACUGAGGAAAGAAUAUGAAGAGGAGAUGAUGAGGAUGGAGGCCGAGCGCCAGGCCACUGAGGAAAGACUGAACAGAGCUAGUGAGGAAUACAUAAGAGAGUUAUUGGCCAUGGACAUGGAGGAAGAAAGAAAAAAGGCAGAAAAGCUGAGACUGGAGAAACAACGGCAAAUGGAGGAGGAAGAGGCCAAACAGCUCAGCCUAAGUGAAUCGGGCACAUCCCCAAGAAAAAGAAAGUGCAAACGGAAACACUGUGACGGUGUUUCAAAGUCUUCUCUUCAGGCUCAGCCUGAGGCAGCAUCCAAGCACAGAGCUGUGCAAGAUGGCCAGAAAACAUCUGCGCGAACCGACGGGGAUGGGAUGAGCCCUACGGGACAAGACAUUAAAACUGAAGAAGAUACUCCAGCAGCUACUCUCUCGUCAAGUCCGGUGAGUCCAAAACAAGGCACAUCGAGACCUUUCGGCCGUGAUGGGAACGUGGGCAGCUCAGAAGACGAGGCGCCCAAACCUAGCUGCUCUAACUACAGCAGGUAUACCCGGUGUAAGAACAUUGAACCGGAGGCUGCCGCUGCUCACUCCUCUGCCCAAACAGAGAGUGGGAACAGUGGGUCAGGCGUGAAAGAGGAACCUGAAGACCACACAGCUGAGGCAAAAGAUGAAGUACCUCACACUCUGAGCAGAAAGCAUACUUCCAAGAGGAAGCAUCAGGAACCUGCGGCAGCCAGGGAGCCAGGCAUUUCUUACGAAACGCCCCCUGAGGGUUCCUCAGACGAGGAGGAACCGCAAGACUUCAUGACCAAAAGGCUGAUUGAUUUGGAGAAUCUGUAUUUUGAGAAGCAUCAACAAGAAGAACAAGACAGACUAUACGCACUGGAGCUUCAAAGAGCAUGGGAUGAAGACCUACAAAGGGAAACGCGGAGGAAAGUGUACCCAAGGAAAUAUCCACCGCAGUACGAGGCCUUCCAUCUAGACACCUCAGCAAAAGACAAUUCCAAAGAUAAGAACAUCUGAAAGGGACGCCUGAGAGCCUCCUGCUAGUCUUCUGAGCAUGGUAUUUACAAGUGUGCAUCACUACAACAAGCUGCAUUCAUCUUUAAUGGACUUUAUGAGAAUAUAAAUGUGGUUCUGUAAAACUUAAAGUGAAAAGCAAGGGUGCCUAGCAUCCAUACUAUUAAUAGUUGUGCUAUUGUUAGCAGGGGUGUUAAGUUAGAUAGUUCUUUUUUUUAAUUUUUUUUCCUAUUUAUUUUUAUUUAUGAUUACAGAGAAUAUAAAUGUGGUUCUGUAAAACUUAAAGUGAUACUCAAGGGUGCCUAGCAUCCAUGCUAUUAAUAGAUGUGCUAUUGUUAGCAGGGGUGUUAAGUUUGACAGUUCUUUUUUAUAUUUUUUCCUAUUUAUUUUUAUUUAUGAUUAUAGAGAAUAUAAAUGUGGUUCUGUAAAACUUAAAGUGAUAUUCAAGGGUGCCUAGCAUCCAUGCUAUUAAUAGAUGUGCUAUUGUUAGCAGGGGUGUUAAGUUAGAUAGUUCUUUUUUAUAUUUUUCCUAUUUAUUUUUAUUUAUGAUUAUAGAGAAUAUAAAUGUGGUUCUGUAAAACUUAAAGUGAUACUCAAGAGUGCCUAGCCUCCACGCUAUUAAUAGAUGUGCUAUUGUUAGCAGGGGUGUUAAGUUUGAUAGUUCUUUUUUUUUAUAUUUUUCCUAUUUUUAUUUAUGAUUAUAGAGAAUAUAAAUGUGGUUCUGUAAAACUUAAGUGAUACUCAAGGGUGCCUAGCAUCCAUGCUAUUAAUAGAUGUGCUAUUGUUAGUAGGGGUGUUAAGUUUGAUAGUUCUUUAUUUUUUUCCUAUUUAUUUAUUUAUUUAUUAUUAUACACAUUGUAUCCCUAGUCUCCUACCAAUCCCAUCCUCUCUCAAUCUUCCCCCAUACCCCUACCUCAGUCCACUGAUAGGGGAGGUCUUCCUCUCCUUGCAUCUGACCCUAGCCUAUCAGGUCUCAUCAGGACUGGCUGCAUUGUCUUCCUAUGUGGCCUGGUAAGGCUGCUCCCCUCUCAGGGGGAGGUGAUCAAAGAGCCACACACUGAGUUCAUGCCAAAGACAGUCCCUGUUAGCCAUUUGGAGACUGAGCUGCCAUGGGCUACAUCUGUGCAUGUGUUCUAGGCUAUCUCCAUGCACGGUCCUUGGUUAGAGUAUCAUUCUCAGAAAAGACACCUGUGCCCAGAAUUUUUGGUUCUGUUACUCUCCUUGUGGAACUCCUGUCCCCUCCAGGUCUUUCAUCUCCCCUUUCUUUCAAGUUUGAUAGUUCUUAUAGAUAUAAAAUGCCUUGGGAUUGCUAGACCUUUUGAGGUUUUGUAUCCCCAACCCACAAAUCGCUUGCAAGUUAAACAAGCUUUUUGGAAGGUUUUUUGUUUGCUGGGUUGAUUGUUUUGUGUGGAAUAAAGAGGCAGGGAGAUAACUGUUAAGUUUGAGGCCAGCCUUAUUUACAUAGUAGGUUUCAGAGGGCUAUAGGAGAGCCCAUCUCAGACAAAAUAUACCAAAUAAAAGAACAAACUUAAUAUGGAAUGAAAGGGCUAGAGGUUUAAGUUAGUACUAAAGUGCUCUGAGUUCCAGUUGCUGGUCUGGAAAACAAAAAUAAAAUGGUGAAAAAGAAACGGAUAAGAAUAUAGGAGUUUACUCCAAGAGAAUAACCAUAAAAUAUUUUAUGGUUAAGGAAUUUCAAAUAAUUACAUUAUUUCCACAUAGUAUCCCUUCUGUUGAUACUACUUUUUGUAUGUAUUGAGACAAAUAGUAAGAUAUUUAGGGGCUGGGUUUGGUGGCACAAGGCUAUAAUCCCAGCAUCUAGGAGAUUGCGACAGGAGAACCAAAAGUUCAAGGCCAGCCCGGGCUCCAUGGCAAGGCCCUGUCUCAAAGUUUUAAAAAUAGGAGUUGGGAAUUUAGUGCAGAAGUAGCAUAGGUGACUAUAUGGCGUAAGACCCUGGAUUUGUAUCCUAGUACCAAAACAAAGAAUAAAAUAAAAACAAAGAAUAAAAUAAGUAUGAUAGUUGUGAGCUAGUGAAGUAUCCAGAGAUUGCUCUGUGGGAGGUGACUGAAGGAAAUGGGGGCCCAGAUGGAAAACACUGAAGAAGCCAACAGACAUUAGAUUCCAGCCUCCACCUGUCAACAAGAGCCUGAUGGUAACAACUCUCCAGGGAACACUUAGAUCUUCAGCAAUUGAUGGAGACUGCCAGAAGCUGCCAGAAGACACCUUUCUGUCUAUUGGUUUGGUUUUAUUUCAUUAAUAUAAACUUUUAGCAGAUAGUUGCAACAUUUCUAAGAGUCACAUCCUUUUUGCCUUUCAUUUAACAUUUUAAUUAGUUUUAACUAAAAGUUUUAAUUAGCUUAUAACAUUGUAGGUUUCCUUUGGAUAUCUUCAUGCAUAGUUUUGGUUGACCCCACUCUCAACCACUCUUCUCCAUCAUCUCCCUGACUCCUCCUCCAUCCCCUCCUCUCCUCCAUUUCCCUGACAUUUACCCCCCCAACACACACACACUUAAACCCACCCUCAAUAAUCCCCCUUCUAUUUUCAUAUCUAGUGUUCUAUUGCCCUCCCUACCUUAAAGCUUCAUUUCCCUUCCUCUAAAGGGGGCCAUUUCUAGUUUCUAGGCCUCUACACACACCCACUCUCACAUGAAUUUAUACAGAUAAAACUUAGAAGCUUGGAUUUGUGUAUAUAGUGUUUGUCUUUUAUGUCCUAUGGUUAAUCUACCCUAUGUUUCUCAAUGAUUAUUUCAAUAUGCUCUCCAAAAUUUGUGAUGAUUGUUAAUCUUCAUAUACUUAAUGUUAUCUGUAUCAAUUUUACUGAAUAUAUUUAAUUUUUUUGCAUAGCUGGGUAUAGCACCUAGGACCGUGCAGAUAUUGGGCAUGCACUGCACCACAAAGUAUAUUCCAGCCCUCUGGUGCCAAUUUCAAUUUUUGUUUUUAGAGACAGUGUUUCUCUGUGUAGCCCGGCUGUCCUGGACUUAAUUUGUAGAUCAGGCUGGUAUGGACCAGGGUGUCCUUGAACUCACAGAUCUGCCUGCCUCUGCCUCACCCAGUGCUGGGAUUACAGAUGUGCACCACUGCGCCCAGCUCCCAAUUUUACUUUUGAUUUGCGUUUUCUCAUUAAAAAAUAUCCUUUGAGCAAUGAUUGUGAUGAUAAUGUAGUACUGAUUGGAAACUAACAUUUUUCUAAAAGACAAAUAUCUCUUCUCAUCACAUCAAUAUUGUUUCUAAGAGCAGUAUUAGUAUUAGACAUUUUUGGAGCCUCUCAAAAUAAAACGUAUGUAAUUAAAUCUUUUUAGACUAGACAAAAACUAAAAUUUAAAAAGGCUACAUCGUGAUAUAUUUAGGAUUUAUAUUUUUGUUUGUGAAGAUGUCUCCCUAAAGUUCAUUUUAAGAUAUAUUUUUCUCUAUUAGUCUUUGCUUUUUCUACCAUAUGUGAAUUUGUUAGACUAAUAAAAAUAUCUGUGCCAGUGAUUGGAAUGUACUACCAACCUUUUCACUUUGGUAGAAUACAAAAAAAUACUAAAUUUCUCAGUGAAAACUAAAGCUGUACACAUGUUAAGAAUAUAAAAAUUAAAGGAAUAAAAAUUAAUAAAUAAAA